CAACUCCUGAUGUCCAUCUCGGGGACGCUAGCUGUUGUGUUGAUAGCCUCUAAGGUGAUCUGUGCAGUAGACGACGAGGAAUUCGUGGCCUACAUAUUAAGUUCUUCACUCUUUAUGAAUGGAGUCUGCACGAUUUUAAUGAACACAAUCGGAGUCAGAUUGCCUCUUUAUCAAGGGGCCUAUGGCGGUUAUAUUCUGCCGCUGUUAACCCUGCUAGAGAUCGACCCUAAUAAGUGUAAAGUGAAAACUCAUCUUCAAGGCUUAAAUUCAACAAACACUUCAGAGAUAACCGUCAGCGAAGCUUCAGAAUUACGGGGGGUUAUAUUAACAAAUAUGAGAGAGUUACAGGGGUGUCUGAUGCUGGUGGGGGUGAUCCAUAUGUUGAUGGGAGCCACGGGACUUAUCGGCGUCCUCCUCCGCUUUAUCGGCCCCGUGACCGUGGUCCCCACUAUCCUGCUCCUGGGGAUAGCCGUGGUGGACCCCAUCCUGGACUUCUGUGUACCCAACUGGGGGAUCGCAGCUCUUGUGACUGUUACCGGCUUUGUGUUGGCUUUCUAUCUAGCCAAGUAUAACAUGCCUGUAGCAGUUUGGACGCCCAAGGGCGGAUGUCGAGUUGUCAAGUACCCAGUACAUCAAGUGUUUGCUAUCCUGAUUUCUAUCGUUGUUGGCUGGGUGGUCAGUUGGAUCGUCACAGAAGCCGGGGGUUUUACGGACGAUAAAGAAGAUAAAGGUUACAAUGCCCGAACGGACGCUCGUCUGGAAGGAAUCGCGGCAGCAGACUGGUUCUUCUUCCCUUAUCCAGGUCUCCAUGGACCCAUUUCAUAUUCGACUCCAGUUUUCCUAGGAUUUUUAAUAGCGACCUUUCUAUCUAUCUUGGAUUCUAUUGGUGAUUACUACGCAUGCGCUUCUAUGAGUCACGUGCCGCCGCCUCCGCAGCACGCGGUAAAUAGAGGCAUUAUGAUGGAGGGGUUAGGGACUAUUCUGUCUGGAGCUGUUGGGGCAACGCAAGCCACUACAACUUAUGGUGGCAACAUAGGAUCAAUAGGAGUCACAAGGGUUGCCAGUACUAGUGUUUUUGUCGGGUGUGGUAUUCUCUAUAUUAUCUUUGGUCUGUUCGGGAAGUUGUCUGCCGUGUUCAUUUCGAUCCCGUACCCAGUUCUCGGUGGCUCCUUAAUCACUAUGAUCGGAAUGUUUAUUGGGGUCACGCUUUCUAACCUCAGACCAAUUUCUCUGACGUCAUCUAGAAAUUUAGCUAUCAUUGGAACCUCUAUUUUAUUAGGUCUUCUAAUUCCAGAAUGGGUUAAGAAGUACGGUAGUGAUCUCGAUACAGGAAACCAGGACGUGGACUUCAGUCUAAAGGGUCUUUUUGGAAAUUCUAAUUUUGUGUGUGGUAUUUUAUCCUGCUUUCUGGACAAUACUGUCCCAGGCACUUUAGAAGAGAGAGGGAUAGCGGCGUGGCAGUCGGACGAAGAGGCGGAGAGCAGUAAAACUUUAUCACUGACUUUUGAGGAAGGGGUAGAAAUCUACGAAAUACCACUGCCCAAAAAAAUUAAAAUGUGGGAGGGUUGGAAAUAUAUUCCGUUCAUGCCGGACCCCAAGAAGGAGAAGAGGGAGAGGAGUUUAUCUGUUUCCGCCCUGUGCUUUGGUCGGUAACAUCUGCUAACUUCAUCCUCGUUUUAUACAAGAUAGAAUUUCGAAUGUGCUCUUUUUCUUUCUUGUCAUUGUAAAUAGUUUCGAUGUAUGUGUAUAUGUAAAUAAAAUCUUCAUCUUAA